UUUUUAUCUCCAAAUUCCCCAAUUCUUUUUCCGAAUUAGGGUUCAGUACAAUCGCUUGAUUCAAUCCAUCGGAUCAUCAUGGGUGGUCAUGGCGGUUUGAACAUUCUUCCACAGAAGCGGUGGAAUGUUUACAACUACGAGAAUCGAGAGAAGGUUCGUCGCGACGAGGAAGCUGCGGCCAGGGAAGAGCAGCUCAAGCGCGAACAAUCCCGGAAGCGCGACGCCGAGCUUCGGCUUGAGAAGCUCCGCCAGACCCGCGGCAUACCGAUCCGAGAAUCGGAGAAAUCUGAUGAGAAACCUUCCUCCGUAUCGGCUGAAACUGAAUCUGUCGAUGAGCCCCCGAAACCUUGUGAUUCCAACCACAUCAAUUUGUUUGAGGGCAUCAGGAUCUUUGACCCGAUUAAAGCUGGCGAUGGGAAAAGAGAGAAGAGGGUAGGAAAAUUCGGAAAUGAUAAUAACAGUAAUAAGAAGGUGAAGAAGGAAGAGGUUAGGACUGUGGGUCCUGAGGAGGAGAAAUAUAGGUUGGGGUAUGGAAUUGUGGGCAAAGGAUCGAAGUUGCCUUGGUAUAUGGAGAAGAGAGUGCUUGAAGAGAAUACAGGUGAUGAAGAUGAGGAGGAGGAAUACAAUGAUGUGAAAUCCAAGGAAAAGAAAAGGAGCGUUGGGAAGAAGUCAUUACAGGAGCUGAGGGAGGAGAGGUUAAAGAGAGAGAGAUCAGAGAAAGAGCGGGAAAGGGCUUUGUUGAUGACCAUGUCAAAGAAAAAUGGGGGCUUUUCCUCAAGGAGGAGAUGAGGCGACAUUGCUUUGUAAGACAAGCAAGAGAAGUAGAAGAUUUAAUGAAGAUGGGUAGCUUGGGAAAGCAACCUCUUCUUUUUGCAGCAAAUUUGUCACUUCCAACGUUCCAGGUGAUAACUAUGGAUGCAAACUUGGGGUGUUCUCACUGCAGACAGAGAGUUGCACAAAUUCUUUCAAAUUUGGCUGGAUCAAAAGAAUUCGGCGUUGAUAUUAGUAGGAAACAAUUGAUUGUUAAGGGAGGCAUAAGCUUCAACUAUAAAGGAAACGAAGACAGCGUUAUUAACAAGAAAACCAGGGAUUCCUCCCUUGCAGAUAUUGUAUACAAGUUCUUGAUUAGACACAUUCAGCUCAAUAUGGUUUACGCCCGCCGUUUGAAAAGUGCAGCAAAGAACUGGAUAAAAACAGAAGCAAGAAUCCUCACUGCCCAAUCUUCGACCGAAUCUGAAAGCAGUCUAUUUGCCACCUUGACUACCAACACUGUAACCAUGAAUGUGAAACUCCUGCAUGAAGAGGUGAAUGUGAAUCUCCAUGGAAAGUAAGAGUUAGAAGAAAAGGAAGUGACUCAAAAUGGGUACUUCAGAGAAGAUGGUUAUUAUGUAAUGUAGCAUUGUAAUGUAUAGCUUUUGAAAGUUCAUAUGUCAUACCAGAAG